AUGAUGAUAGACGAGCUGAUUGAGAACAUCGUUGCCAGUGGCACGUACGAUGAUGAUUUUCUCCGUAGAAUUGUUCUGGUUCUUCUAGGCACGGUUCUUGCACCGCAGUCCACGAAAGAAAUUCCUAAUGCUUAUUACAAGUUAGUGCACGAUGUGGAGGCCAUCAAAGCAUAUAAUUGGAACAUGUUUACUUUACGCUACUUGUUUUGGGAGAAAGUGCAGCCACUGGAUGAUGACGCAUUUGAUCCACUGGCUCAUGAAUAUCCGUUGAUGCUUAAUUGGCCAGAAGAUGAGGCUAAGAAGCGUGACACGUACGACACGUCAUACGGCCGUGGUAAUGGGACGAUUGAUGACGUGAUAAGUGAGAAGUACAGGCAGACAUUAAUUGCUCAACAAGGAAGAAAGGCGGAGGAAGAAUUAGAGGAAGAAGAUCGUUCCCAAAAAAAGAAAGAUAAUAGAGAUGAGGCGUCAUCGAGCAGGGAUACUACAUUACAUCAAGUGAUGAAAUGCAUCAAAGAUAUGCAAAAAGAAAUUAAACUUCUCCCUGGAAAAUGUGCUGAGAUAGUAGUGGAGAAGCUGGAGAAGAAAGGUCUUGUCUUCAAGCCAAACAAGGGGUCUGAUGAUGACAUUGAGUUUGUGGAGCAUAGUGAAGACUGGGUGGGGAAGUAUGGUCCAUCAAAAUAUUGA